UGUGCAGCUUGAAGAAUGCAAAUGGUUUAGCUGCUGCUGACCUGGCUCAUGCACAAGGCUUCCAUGAUUGUGCUCAGCUCCUCUGUAAUGCUCACAACCAGAUAAAUCAGCUAAAUGGAUUCACCCAUAAUGGGACUGACCACAUGCACAUUCAGGGUCGCAGUCUUUUGAAUGGGACAACUAAUAGGAAAAGAUUUUUUGACGGCACAGAAUCAAACCAUGUUAAAAAAGCAAGAACUGAUAAAAGGAAUUCCUCAGUCAGGACAAACAGUGAAAUUGGAGAGGAGCUUGAGAGUAUGAAUGUGGAAUCAACUGCUGAAAUCAAAUCAGAUGAAGCCAUAGCCACAGGUUUGAGGAAUGGUCAUGGGCAUCAGAACAGUUUCACUGUCAACAACUUCAGCACAAACGGCCAAUGUUAUGAAUCUCUUUUUAAUGGGGUUGAGACCAUUCCAGCUGAACCAGGAAUCGACAUGUGCGGCUCACUGCACCUCAACGGCAGCCCAAGCAGCUGUGUGUCUUACCGGCCGGCCUGGGGUGCAUUUCCUCCAGAUUCCAGUGAACAUCUGCACUAUGGACACUACCAUGGAUUUGGGGAUACGGCAGAGGACCUGGAAGAUGCUAGCAUCUGUCAUGAGCACAGUACAACUGUGAAAGUAGAGCAGCUCUAUGACCAAGAAGUUCUCAGUGCCGUGCAGCUGUUCCAUGGAUGCUAAAAGUGGAAAAAUUCCAUCCAUUUGAUCGAUAAUGGUCAUAAUAAUGCCAGUACAAUCAGCCUUAAACUGAAUGGUUGUCUUGCACCUUAAUGUACGGAGACCUGGAAGGGACGUGAUGGUGGGGAAAAAAAUUGGUGGAAGAAAAAAAAACUGGGUGGGAGAAAAAAAACAGAGUGAUAGGAAAACAUAUUUUUAAGUUUUUUUUGCGUUCCCUCGCAAAGAUGUUUUGCGUUCUCUCGCAAAACUGUUUCUCCACAAACACUUCCUGCUCACUUCAUUUAUGUAAACCCUCACGUUUUUGCUGAAAUUCUCCCGUAUUUUACCAUUCUAUCCCACUUUCUUUCCAAUAAAGCUGUGCAUCGAUCAUCACCUUUCAUAUGCAACCUCUGAACCAGUGAAUGCAUGUAUAAGUGCUGACUGACAGACGCGCUCCGUAAAAUAAACUGAUCCCAGAUCAGCUACACGCCUUUUAAAGUGACACCUGUGAUAUCAAACAAGUGAGCAGCAAAUGAAUCUCUCAUUUUGUUUAGUUUGAUAACAGAGGUGUCUCUGUAAGAAUGCACAGAUCUAUAAUGAAAGCAUUCCAUUACUUUAUAAACUGUUUGUGCACAUUUAAGAGAAAAUUAGCUGUUUAAAAUAAAACAUGUAGGACGGAGAUGUUUUCAUAUUAUUCAGUGUAUUUGUCUGUCUGUUUAAACAUACACCCGAAUCCGAAAGUGUCCUGCACUUUUGCUCCUCUAUAAAUGGCGUGUACAGAAGCUGAUCUGAGAUAAGUUUUUUGUAUGGAGCGCGUCUGUCAGUCAGCGCUUAUACAUGCAUUCACUGGUUCAGAUGUAGCAUAUAAAAGGCGAUGAUCGACGCACAGCUUUAAUGUAAAGAAAGUGAAAGCAGACAUAUUAAUAUUAAUUUCAGCGUGCUUUCAAGAUUAAAAAUAUAUCAGAAAUAUGGGAAAAUACUUAAAAAUAGGAUGAUAGUGGGAUAGAAUGGUAAAAUACGUGAGAAUUUCGGCAAACCGUGAAGGUUUACAUGAAUUAAGUGAACAGGAAGUGUUUGUGGAGAAACAUCUUUGCGAGGGAUCGCAAAACAACUUAAAAAUAUGUUUUCCUAUCACCCUGUUUUUUUUUUUUUCUCCCACCCAGUUUUUUUUUCUUCCACCAAUUUUUUUUCCCUCCACCAAUUUUUUUCCCCACCAUCACGUCCCUUCCAGGUCUCCGUAGUAAUGCAGGCCGUAAUAAGAGCAAUUGGGGAGCAAUUGUAUUGCAUUUUUGUACCUGACAUAAUGACUUUAUUUUAUUAUAUGUAUGUGUUUGAACUCAAGCUAGCCUAAUGGGUGCAUUUCAUUUUCCCCUGUAAUAAAAAGUUAGAAUGUUCAGAUGUACAAGGAGUUGAUUUUGUGUGUAUGGAUUUAUAGUUAAUUGGUAGUUUUGUGCCAAUGAAUACUAGCUUUUUGAAAAGGAGAAUUUUGUAUGAUUUUUUUGUUUUAGUACUUUUUACUUUUUUCCUGAGAAGCAAAGCUUACAUGCUAACUGUAAAACAGUGUUGUUUAUUGAAAGAUAUAUGACAUUCCUUUAUCUUUGUACCCUAUGUUCUGAUUAAAAACCAUUUGUACAUUAAAAGAAUUCCCUUUGCUACACAAACACAAUUCUUAUAUAUUAAAGUGCACAUAUAAGUUUUUAUUUUUUUCAUAGGUAAAGACAUUA